AUGGAUACCUAUUUGUAUCGCUCCAAACUUUUUCUUCUCUCAAUAUUGUUCCUAGUUUUACUCACUGCCUCUUUGUCUUCUCUGCAGCCACUUUGUCAUGAUGAUGAAAGAUCUACCUUGUUGCAAUUCAAGGAUAGCUUUAUCCUAAACAAGUCUGCUUUUGUUUCUGCUUAUCCUUCUGCAUAUCCUAAGGUUGCAUCAUGGAGUCUAGAAGGAGGGAAUAGUGAUUGCUGCUCAUGGGACGGGGUUGAUUGCAAUGAGGACACAGGUCAUGUGAUUGGCCUUGACCUCAGUAGCAGCUUUCUCUAUGGUUCUAUUAAUUCCAACAAUAGCCUCUUCCACCUUCUUCAACUUCAAAGGCUUAAUCUUGCUGAUAAUCACUUCAACGACUCUCAAAUCCCAUUUGGAAUUGGCAAUCUUUUGAGGUUAACCUAUCUGAACCUCUCCUACUCUGUGUUUUCUGGAAAAAUCCCCUUAGAGCUUUCACAUCUCAACAAAUUGUCUUCCAUCGAUCUAUCUCUUAAUUAUGGUUUAUAUACUCUAAGUGACUUGAGAAGUCUAGUUCAAAACUUCACUACCUUAGAAGAGCUUUUACUCCCUAACAUCAAUUUCUCGUCCUCUAUUCCUGAAAGUUUGGCAAAUUUAUCAUCUUUGGCAACUCUAGAUCUAGAAUAUUGUGAAUUGCAUGGGGAAUUCCCAACAAGAAUUUUUCAGCUACCAAACCUACGGGAUCUUAAGAUAAGAGGGAAUCCAAAUCUCACUGGUCAUUUGCCUGAAUUUCACCUAGGCAAUCCCCUUAAGGUGCUAAGUAUUACACAAACAAGUUUCUUUGAUUCAGUUAGAUCUAUCCCACUUUCAUUGAGUAAUCUCACCCAACUCACUUAUCUAGAUCUGUCAAGAAACACUCUUACAGGCCACAUCUCUUCUUCCUUCUUUGCUAACCUCACUCAACUAACUUUUCUGGACCUUUCAUACAAUAAAUUGGGUGGGACAUUGGAGUUUGACAUGUUUCUUAAGAUCAAAAGUUUAAGUGUGCUUAGGCUAUCGUCCAACAAUUUGACAUUGCUAACCAAGGCCAAUUCAAAUGAUACUCUUCCACAGUUUCACACUCUAGGAUUGGGUUCUUGCAAAUUACGAAAGUUCCCAGAUUUCUUACGCAGCCAAAACAAGUUGAGUUGGCUAGAUCUAGGAGGCAACAAUCUUGAAGGCCUAGUACCUAGAUGGAUGUAUAAUGCAAGUAGAGAAUCUCUUCAUACUAUAAUCCUUUCUAACAAUUUUCUAAUAGGCUUUGAACAAUCUUUGGUUGUUCUCCCAUGGUCUAAUCUAACUUCUUUAUCUCUAGACAAUAACAGGCUGCAAGGAUCACUCCCAAUUCCACCACCAUCUAUCCGGGUGUAUCAAGUUCAAAGGAACUUGAUAAGAGAAAUGUCACCGUUGAUUUGCAAUCUCAGUUCACUUUAUUACCUUGAUUUGUCCUAUAACAACUUGAGUGGCAUGCUUCACCCAUGUUUAGGAAACUUCAGUUCUCAUUUGUCAGUACUUCAACUACGAAGCAACAACUUCCGUGGCACCAUCCCAAAGACGUGGGCAAAGCGAAGCAGGUUAAGUAAGAUUGAUUUAAGUGAAAACCAAUUACAAGGUCAGCUACCCAGAUCAAUGGCUAAUUGUAUGAUGCUAGAGUAUCUUAAUGUUAGUAACAAUCAGAUCAAUGGCGCCUUUCCCUCCUGGUUGGUUUGCAAUCUGAGUUCACUUGAAGUACUUGAUUUGUCCUAUAACAACUUGAGUGGAAAGCUUCAUCCAUGUUUAGGAAACUUAAGUUCUCCUUUGUCAGUACUUCAACUACGAAGCAACAACAUUCGUGGCACGAUCCCAAAAACAUGGGCAAUGGGGAACAACUUAACGAUGAUUGACUUAAGUCAAAACCAAUUCCAAGGUCAGUUACCAAGAUCCAUGGCCAACUGUCUAAUGCUUGAGUAUCUUCAUGUUGGUAACAAUCAGAUCAUUGAUACCUUUCCCUUUUGGUUGGGAACUCUUUCUCGGUUGAAGGUUCUCGUUCUCCGUUCUAAUGCGUUCCAAGGUUCAAUAAAGAGUUUUGAAAUCAACGAUACAUUCACUGAGUUGCAUAUCAUUGAUCUCUCUCGAAAUAAUUUCUCUGGAAAUUUGCCCACAGAGUAUUUCCGACAUUGGAAUGCCAUGAACGUUGUUGGUGCAAAUGAAUUGAAAUACAUGGAGGUGAAUUCUAGAAGAGACGGGUUUGGUAGCUCUAUCCAAUGCACAAUCACAAUUACAAACAAAGGCACAACGUUGAAGUAUGAGAAAAUCUUAGAUGUGUUUAGGGUCAUUGAUCUCUCAGGUAAUAGAUUUGAUGGCGACAUUCCAGAACUUGUGGGGAGUCUUAAAGGACUUCAUUCGCUAAAUCUAUCCAAUAAUGCUCUCACUGGUUAUAUCCUACCAUCUUUAGGGAACUUGACAAACCUAGAAUCAAUGGACCUUUCCCAAAACAAGUUAUUUGGAGAGAUACCUGCACAAUUAACCCAACUCUUUUCUCUUGAAUAUUUCAAUGUCUCCAACAACCGUCUCACAGGAGCUAUACCACGUGGAAGUCAAUUCUACACAUUUCAAUCUAAUUCAUUUGGAGGUAAUCCAGGAUUGUGUGGAAGCCCGCUAUCAAAGAAAUGUGGAGAUUUCAAUUACACUCCAACUCCACCUUAUCCCUUCGAAGAGAAUCAAAGCUCCUCGUCUCCAUUUGAAUUUGGGUGGAAAGUAGUUGCCAUAGGAUAUGGAUGUGGAUUUGUUAUAGGAGUUGUUAUUGGGAAAAUUGUUAUUACAAGGAAGUAUGGUUGGUUUGUGAAGAUUUUUGGAAAGAUGUAG